AGAAGGAAAAAAUUAACGUCGAGAAAAAGGCAAAGAGCGAAGAAGGUGGAACAAAAAUAGCAAAAGUCCACAAUGGCGAGCACCGGUGUUGUGGUUCCGCGAAACUUUCGCUUGCUAGAAGAGUUGGAUCAAGGCCAAAAAGGUGUAGGCGAUGGUACAAUUUCCUGGGGUCUCGAAAACGACGAUGACAUGACACUAACACACUGGAUUGGCAUGAUAAUAGGCCCUCCCAGAACUCCUUAUGAAAAUAGAAUGUAUUCGCUGAAAAUUGAAUGCGGCGAUAGAUAUCCAGAUGAACCGCCUGCAAUACGGUUUUUAACAAGAAUUAAUAUAAACUGCAUUAAUCAGAGCAAUGGUGUGGUUGAUCAUAGAUUAGUGCCCAUGUUAUCCAGAUGGAAUCGGGAAUACACUAUAAAGUCAAUGCUCCAAGAAAUUCGAAGAAUCAUGACUUGCAAAGAAAAUCUUAAAUUGGCGCAACCACCAGAAGGCAGUGUUUUUUAGUUGAUCACCUCAAUUGUCUUUAAUGACAAAUCAGCAACAGUUGCCGCUACUGCCGUCGCCACUGCUGCUGCUAUUGCCCUGCAGUUGCUGUCAUCAAUGUUGCCGAAAAACGAAGUCAUAAAUCUUCAACGUAAACGUCGUCGCCGUUGUAUAAGUCGCCACCACUUGAACGUCUUCUCGUAUGAGAACGUGUUAUUAUUAUUAUCAUUCUCUUAAAUUUAAUUAAUCAAGUUGAACCGUAAAAAGGAAACAUCAAAGAAAUAAAGUAACGAAAAUAGUAAUAAUAAUAAUAAGUGGAUGAAGUUGAAACAAAUAAUAAGUAACAAGAAGAAGGGAAUCUAAGAUAGAAAUAACCACACAUAAGCAAGUGAAACUUCAGGUGUACUCUUGAAUAGCUUAGAAGGCUAAAAGAACUACAGUAGUGACGAACAGUAACUUACGAAUUCAUUAACACCAUUUACACUAGAAACAUACACACACGCCUAAAAUAAACACACGGCCGAAAGAAAACUUGCAUAACAUAAUUAAGAUUAUAAGCGCAUUAAAUAUUUAUUAAUUAAUGAAAUAUUAACUUGAACAAUAGAUGCAGAGGAAAAGCGUAAUAUAUUCUAUGUGCUGCUAAGUAAUUAUGCAAAGUUAAAGUAAAGAAAUAAAGUAGCAAAAGAUGUUAACAUUCAGCCGCUUGUAAGCGUGCAUUUAUAUGAAGCUUCUAACAUUGAAAUCGAAAGAUUUAA